AUGGAUACUGAUAGACCGCCACUACACUGAAUGAGGGCUUCUGCUCAUACAAGUCGCAACGAGUGUGCGAACGGGUUGAUUAAAUCCUGAAAGAGACUGCGUUCUUAUCAGUUAUCUGAAACCAACCGGACUCGUUGGUACCACACACGAUUUUUAGUCUCCGGAGCUGCCAUGAACGCUACCGACGAGACUCACCACCACCAUAUGCAUGGUAUGGCGCCGCCGCCGGCCUCUUCCGCCGCGUCGCCGGGGAUGACGAUGCAUCACCGGAUGAUGCACAUGACCUUCUUUUGGGGAACCAACGCUGAGAUUCUGUUCCGUAACUGGCCUGGAGACCGCUCCGGUAUGUACGCCUUGGCCUUGAUCCUCAUUUUCGUGCUUGCUUUCAUCGUCGAGUGGCUUUCGCAUAGCCGAUUGAUUAAGGAAGAUUCUAGCGCCGCAGCGGCUGGUUUGAUCCGGACUCUGAUGCAUACGGUUAGGGUUGGAUUGGCGUAUUUAGUGAUGCUUGCGGUUAUGUCGUUCAAUGUUGGAGUGUUUUUGGUCGCAAUCGGUGGUCAUUGCCUCGGAUUCUUCUUCUUUGGGAGUAGAUUUUUCAAGAAUUCAGGCGCGGCUUCUGCUUAUGUGAAGUUAUAACAGAAGGGAAAUUGAUAAUUUGGAAUGCUUGGAUUCAGAUUCCGGGAUAAUUCGUUAGUAAUUUUCUUCUUCUUCACAGUAAUAUUUCAUCGUUCUUCAUUUGGAUUCUCUUUUUUUUUUUUUUUUUUUUUUUUUUUUUUUUUUUUUUUUUUUUUCCUUUGUAAUUGUAAGGAAGAACUCAGAAGAUAUUCAUCCUGCUUACUGAGAUU